AUUUAAUUAUUAUUUAUUUGUUAAAUUGUUUAUUAAACCCUUCACCCAAAGAUCGCAGUGUGGUUCACACCCGCCCACACAUAUCUUGAACGUUGGAAGUUUCAUAUCAUUCUUCCUUCCUCCUUUCCUCGGAAACCACAAACUUCCAAAGAAAUCAUGUUUACCCUCUUCCUUUUUCUCUCCCCCACCCCCAUAGUCAUCCUUUUUUUCUUCUCCAUCUUAAAUUUAAAACUAGUUCUUUUUCUUCUCCCUUCCCUCAAGAAAUCACACUGGCAUUUUAAAACAGUAUGUUUUCGUUCCUCCUGCCCAGCAUACUCUUGGGUGUCCAGUAUGGGUCAUGCGUGGAGUAGCCCCAUUGAAAUCAAUGGGCACAGGCAAGGCGUAGUUGGAUACAGCCCCUGGAUUAGAUUUUUUUCCUUCCUCAGAAACUUAUUUGUUUCCCCCCUUCCUCUUCUGCUCCCAUAAAUUAAACGAAUACAGGCAGAUCUCUGCUUAUGCUGGAGGUUACAAUCCAGAGGGAUAGCACGUAAAGCCAAAAUAGUGUAUAGUCAAAACACAUUGGGUGCAAUGGCAGGUAGGAUUGCCAAAUGUUCUUUUACUGGACUCCCACCCUUUAAAAAAAAUAAUUGUCAAGUGUGUACAGCUGGGGGGGGGUUGCCAAGUGUGUACAGCCGAAUACGCAGUUUAGUUGUUUACUGCAGCCAGAUCUGUGUCCUUGGCAGCUGCAUUUCAACCUUCCCAGACAUCCUGAUAUCCUGUUUUGUCUCUGGACUUCAGCAAGGCCCACAGCACCCAGUUUGCUUUGGGACUUGAACAUUCCAUGGCAAUGGCAUCCCCUCCGGCUCCGCCGGCUAAAAAGCGGAAAAUGAACUUCUCGGAACGAGAAGUGGAGAUAAUUGUGGAGGAGCUUGAGCGGAGCAAGCACCUACUGAUCAACCACUUCAAUGCUGGUGUACCACUGGCUGCUAAGGCUGCUGCUUGGCACAACAUCCUACGCCGUGUUAAUGCUGUUGCUACCUGCCGCCGGGAGCUGCCUGAAGUCAAGAAAAAAUGGUCUGAUCUCAAGACGGAGGUGCGACGCAAGGUGGCGCAGGUCCGGGCUGCAAUGGAAGGAGGUGGCGAUGGCCAGGAUGGAGGUGUUGAGGGCCAAGAUGCUGAAGAUCCAUUAGGAGUCACAGCUGCUCCAGUUAUUCUAACUCCCAUGCAGCAGCGCAUCUGUAACUUGCUGGGGGAAGCCACCAUUAUUAGCCUGCCUGCUGGAGACUGCACUUCAGAUGGAUCAGAGAUACCUAUUACUGCUGCAGCCACAACAGUCACCCUUACUCAGAUUCCAGCUGAGACAACAUACCAUAGUUUGGAGGAUGGUGUUGUGGAGUACUGCACCACAGAAGCUCCGACCACAGUCACUGCCGAGGCUCCCUUAGAGAUGAUGGCUCAACAAGCAGAAGUCUCUGUGAAGCCUCAGGAACUGAAGAGCCGCAUUGCCCUGAACUCAGCCAAGCUCCUGCAGGAGCAGCGAGUGACCAAUCUCCACAUGAAAGAGAUGGCCCAGAACAUCGAGCAGCAAAAUGACCUCCUGCAGAUGAUCCGCCGCUCUCAGGAAGUGCAGGCAUGUGCCCAGGAGCGCCAAGCCCAGGCCAUGGAAGGGAUGCAGGCUGCUCUGAAUGCUCUUGUGCAGAUCCUUCGCCCCAUGAUUAAGGACUUCCGCCGGUUUCUACAGAGCAAUGCUCCUGCUCCUUAAGUGGCCUCAGACCCCAGCAGAGCAGCCCAAAACGGACAGUAUGGCAUCAUUCAAUGAAAUAAAAUGGACAGUAUGGCAUCAAUGAAAUAAAAUGGACAAAAUGGCAUCAUUCAGUGAAAUAAAAUGGACAAGAUGGCAUCAUGCAAUUAAGUGAAGCCUUCCAGGCACAGACUUGAUCAAGAGAAUGAGCAGGGUAUUUCUUUGUAUUUGACAGUGUCUGCAAACUGAUUCAGUGCCUGCCUUUUUAUUAUUAUUAUUAUUAUUUUUGGCUGAAAACCUAUUCUGGAUUAUUUCUGCUCUUGCUUUUUGUUUUUUAAAAUGUGUGCACCGUUUUUAGAUGUGGCCUGCAUAGAGCAUAUGUGACAAAUGCAUAAUUUAACAUUGAACUUUCAGAAUUGGGAAAAUAGAUUUUAUAUAAAAGAGAAACUUUUUUGUUUUCAUUUAUUGUGUUAAGGAAGACCAUUUUCAUGAAUUGUAGGUAAGCAUUAGCUUUGUUACAUAAUGGCAAAAGUCAACAAAAGAAAGCAUCAAACGUUUUAAUUGUCAAGGAGUCAGUCAAAUUCAUUUUCAAAAGUAAUUGGCUGUCAUAAAAAUGCAGAUUUGAGGUAUUUCAGUAUAAUACCUCAUUGUGCACAGCACACUGACCCCCAUGCUGUACAGUAAAAUUUUGUCUAUUCCAUUGAGCUUCUGAGGCAAGCAAAGAAAUCCUAUAAAUAAUGAGGUUUUUUCCUAUCUAUAUAUAAAUAAAUAACAAUUUUUCUCCCUACUCUUCAAGAAGGAAAUUCUCUGAAGAACUCUUUUGAGAAAUCUGUCCCUAGGAGUGGAGGGAAGAACAGGGUACAUAAUAAGCAGUAUUUUCUCUUAGCCGUAGCAAUACUCCCCAUGUAUGCCAUUACAAUUAAAAUGCUCGCUCUUUGGCUACUUGCUUAGACAUGCAUAGCAACACAACUGGAAUAGUUAGCUAUGUGUGUGUACAUGCAGCUGUAAAAUAAAAUAGCUUUGAUGGUUA